AAUCACGCCUUCUGAAUGCAAACAAACCAUGUCUGAGUAAUGUAGCUAUUAUAUACAGUACUGUGCAAAAGUUUUAGGCACUUGGGAAAAGUGUUGCAUAGUGAGGAUGUCUUCAAAAAUAAUGACAUAAAUAGUUUUCAUUUAUCAAUUAACGUCAUACAAAGUACAGUAAACAUAAAAAAAGCUAAAUCAAUAUUUGGUGUGACCACCUUUGCCUUCAAAACUGCACCAGUUAUCCUAGGUACACCUGGAAACAGUUUUUCGUGGUUGUUGGCAGGUAGGAUGUUCCAAGCUUCUUGGAGAAUUUGCCACAGUUCUUCUAUCUAUUUAGACGGUCUCAAUUGCUUCUGUGUAAUCUCGGACUGACUCAAUAUUCAGAGGGGGGCUCUGUGGGGACCAUGCCAUCUGUUGCAGGGCUUCAAUUCUAUUCUAUUUGUAAAAAAUGUUUGGGAGUCUAAAAUUUAUAUUUCCUAUUGACACACUAAAGUUGAAAAUAUAAAUAACCAUCUUAAGACAAUUUUUUUUGCGAAGCAUCUUAUGUGCCUAAAACGUUUGCACAGUACUGCAUAUAAGAAAAAAAAAAAACGGAAAACAGGGACACUGCCUCAUUAGGAAAACAGAAUAUGUUAAAAUGUAGCAUUUUUAACCAAAUCUGUUACAGAAAAUGGUUUAUUUUCUCAUCAAACAAAUACAGUUAGAACAGAUGCACUGAAUUAUGUCUUGGUUAACAUUAAAUAAAAUCUGAUAGGAUAUACUUCAGAUUCAAAAACACUACCAAGUUAAAUUCUGCCAUGUAUUGCAGUUAGCAUGUAGACUAAUUGGCACUGACCAUUCAUUAACUUCCAACUGCAACAGGUAGAUCACAGGCUAUCUUCUUUAUCAUCAUUAUUAUUAAUGCUGUGCCUCCACUGUCUGUCCGCUGCUUGCUCACGAUCCACAGUCAAACAUCACCAGCUAACAUUUAUGGGUGAUUCUAUGUUUAUGUUUAAGGAGGAUUUUAAUAACAAAAAAUAAAUUAAUAAAAUAUUGUUUUAAGAAUAGAUUUUAGUGUCUUGAUUUACUUAUUCCUACUUUCUUUGAGUUUUAAAAUGUUACAUUUGCCAGUAUUUCUCCCUCACCCAUACUUUUGAACCGUUUUUAACAAUACAUUUAUAAUAAGUAUCAAAAUCAGAUAAAUUAUCCAUUGCACUUUUUCACUAAGAACUUUUACAUUUUCAGUUCAUUUGGUAUUCGUGUACAAUCUGGAUUUUUUUAACAAAGAAAAAAGAAGUGCUGUCACAAUUACUGUUGUCAUUACAGCAUGAACUUAUUUCAGAGAACAACUUUAGAGUUUCAACUUACACACUAAAGAGAAGUCACACUAAAGUUUCGACAGUAGGCGUCACAUGUACCAGAAUACUGGCCGUACGCCGGGGGGAGUUGUAGUUUCUCCGCUUCUAUUCCUGCUCCUGUGAAAACGAUCGACAGACGGUCGGAUGGUGAAAUUUGGGAACAUUUAUGACUAAUUUUAGCCAUCCUAGCUAAUGUGAUUUUCAUGUGGUCUUACCUUUAAAUACUUCUAUAAAUUAUAAGUCGGGUCCUUGGAAAAUCAUUGCAUCUUCACAACUGGAAGGUAGCCUCUAAAUUGCUCUGAACUGUAAUGUUGUUACCCGUUUCUCCAUGGAAGAGACAAGAAUGUCGGAAUUUCCACAAAAAUAAUCAUAUUUCUCCUGUGGCCAUUGUGAUGAAACAGCCCUUAAUGGUUUGACCUUGUUUGCCUCAAAAGCACAGUGUUGAUGUGAGACAGAUGUUAUUAACUGGCGCCAGAUUCACUUGAUUCACGAGAGAGAACCAGAAGAGAUCUCUAGCGUGCAUCUGAUCAUAUCUGUAUUCUGUACUAAAGCAAGCAGCUUCAGCAGUCAUUUUAUGUCAGGAGGAUCUUUUGUUUUGUUUAUUGUUUUUUUUUAUAAAUUAAAAAUUUGAAUCCUGCUAGUAAUCCCAAUUUUCACCAAAUGUAACUGUAAUCUGAAUACGUUGGCUUUUUUUGUUUUGUUACUGUAACGGAUUACAGUUACACAAUUGUUGUAUCCUGAUUACGUAACACUAUUACAAGUAUUCCGUUACUCCCCAAGCCGGACUAGCGUGUUAUGACACACAUAGUUUAUUCCAAAAGGAUUGUUUAGUGCAGGGCCAUUUCUGAGCAUAUGGGGCCCUAAGCGAAAUCCUACUUGGAGGACCCCUGGUGGUUCAGGGGCCCUAAGCGGUCACUUAUACCGCUUAUAGCAUGAAACGGCCCUGGUUUAGUGUAAAACAUGUUGAAGAUUAGCAUAAAGGCGGUCAAUUCAUUAAGUGAUGAGCUGUUUCCUCACAAAUGCAGUUUAUUCAGCACACCAAAGCAUCUCCAUAGACAUCUAUUUAAAAAAAUGGCAUCUUGUCACCUUGCCAGUGUACUAGGCAUAGAAUGUCUACAGGACCACCGUGUUACGCAUUGCUAUGCUAACCUUAUAGGCUUCCCUGGAUAGAAGGCCUCUGAGGAGGAGCAUAGGGACAACUUUCUGACUAUAACUUCCAGUAUGCAUCAGUUCUUUCAUUUUGUUUGUCUGUCUUGCGGGUUUGCAUUGUUAUGAAGGUAUCUUUUGAAACUUAUCAAAGUUCAGACUUGCAGGCUUCCCUUGUGUGACAAGUUACAUUUUAAAGGCAUACUUGGUUUGGGUCUACAAUUCACACCAAGGACAUAAGAAGGACAUAAAUCAUAAAACAAAGGGGGUAUAAUGAAGGAAAAAUAAAACAGUUUAUUCAAAAUCAAUUCAAUAUUCAUGUAAAUAAUGUGGAUUUUCCUCAUAGAUUUUGCAGUUUAUUAUAUUUUCUGAAGAGAAGAGAAAAGCUGUAAAUCCAUACAUACAGUUUAGGAUGGCUUGAAUUUAAGACAUCUUGCUUUAUUAAUGUUAUUUUUGCUAUCUCACAGAUAAAGUUUAAUGCAACUAACUCUUUUGUUUUUCACCAGAUUCAGUGUUACGGAAAAGAAUAUUCACGAAGUUAUAAAUGGCAAAAGAUAAAGAAACUAAAAUUUAAGACCAGAAACACUUUGUGUAACUAUAAGGGCAAGAAUAAAAUCUAACUAACCGCCUGUAUUUAAGGAAGGUUGGGAGUAGAACUAAUUUCUGUUUCCAAUACAGAGCCUCUCAGGUGUAAAAUGAAUGAAAGAUUCGUACCAGAAGACUCGGGAGAUGAACCGAUCAUUUCUGUUUCCUGUUUAGAGCGUAUGCGGCUGUCACGUGUCAAAUGAGCGAAAUGCUUACCAUAAAUUUUGCGCAUGCACAGCCAAGAAAAGAUGAAUGAAUCAUUCUCUGAGAGUACUCAUUCAUGCACGACCCAUCACUAGCAAGCAUGACAGUAUGCAGGUUGCAUUCUUCAUGGUGUCAUGUGCCAGCUGAGUAACUGCCAUUGAGAUGAAUGGGAAUGCUAAUGGAUAGCACAUUCCAGACGCACAGAGAUGUGCUGCAAUAGUAGAAGAAUCCUGGUGAUGGCGGCAUAGUCCUGACAUGACCAUCAUGCCAUGCCAGCCAUGUGCACAUGCGUGUUCAGGCCACUGGUUAUAUUCUUAGACUGGCUGACUGUUGUCCAGAUUCUCUGUCCUCCUUCCCUCUGGAGAGUAGGAUGGCGAUGAUUUGGAUGCAAGCAGAGAAGGUGGCUGUGCAAGAGCUACAACGCAGAUUGAGUAAUGUCGCUCACAGCAUUGAUGAGAUCAUGCAGAAGGAGUCCGGUCCUCUAUUUGCUGCUGACAUCCUCACUGAGCUCAAGAAACAGUUUGCAUUCCUACCAGGGGGAAGAGGACAGGAUGGAAGCCCUAUCAUUAUCUUCCCAGAAUUUCCUUCAUUUUGUGAAAUUGGAGAUCAAGAGUUUCGUAAUGUUCUCACCUACCUGACAAGUGUUCCCAGUCUGAGCACAGCAGGUGUGGGCUUUAUCGUAGUGAUUGACAGGCGCCAGGAUCGAUGGACUUGUUUAAAGAGAACAUUACUGCGUAUCUCAGGCUGGUUUCCUGGUAAUCUUCGGUUUGUUCUGGUGCUGAGUCCCAGUGCCAUCCUGCAGCGAAUGCUGUCUGAUGUGUUCUUCAAACUCCACAGAGACGACUUUAAAGUACCGGUUAUUAUGCUAAGCUCAGUGACUGAUCUGCACUCUUAUAUUGAGCGGAGUCAACUGACACAAGAACUGGAUGGCUCUCAGUACUAUUGCCACAAGACCUGGAUCUCUCAUCGCACCGAUCUCGAAAACUUUGCUGCAUCAGUGAAGAGAAUGGCUCAGAGACUACAAGUGUUUGGCAGGGAACUGGCAGAAACGGAACUUCCUAACAACCUUCUAACAGCCAGCAAUCUGCUGAAUGCACACGCCAGCAAGAAAGACAGUUUGAAAGAAGAGAUGGCAGGUGCUCUCAGCCAAGGACGCAAACUUCUGGAGAACAUUAGAGAACCAGUGCGCAGGGACCCAGACAGCAGUCUGAAUCCUGAUCAGCUGGAGAACCUUGCUACAGUGCACAGGCUAUUAUCCCAGUUGAAUGAUAGCUCUACAGCAUUUGAUGACUUCUGGCUCCAGCAUCGAAAUAAGCUGGAGUUGUGUUUGAAACUCUGCCAGUUUGCCUACAACUUUCAACAGGUGCAAACAGAUUUGGAACAUGCAACAGACACACUAAAUGCUUUCUUAGAUGUUGGAAUAAGCUCUUCCCAAACAGAACACCUCCUUGAAGAGCUGACCAAUCAUGAAGAGAAGGCCUUUGAUGUGUUAGACAGAGUAAGGUCCCUGGUUGCUGAGGGACAAGGUUUGAUUGACAGCUUUCAAAAUGUUGAUGACAGUGUUGCAAUAAAUUGCAGUGCACUUCAGAAAAAUGGAGAGAAACUCGCCCAAGGGCUCAAAGACAAGAGCACCAUGCUGAAACAAGCUAUGGAGCUACAUAGAAGAUUGGACAUGGUGUGUAAAUGGUGUGAUGAUGGGAUUUACAUGCUCGCGUCACAGCCUCUUGAUAAGUGUCAGUCACAGGAGGGGGCGGAAUCAGCACUGUCAGAACUGGAGUGUUACCUGGAGACAGCCAAUGAGAAACAGCAAUGGGACAUCAGCACAGUUUGGCUGGAAUAUGAGUGUGUUCUAAACAAUGAGCUCAAGGAGCAGGUGAAGCGUGUGUUUGAGAAGAAAGCGUCACUAGAGGAGAUGUUUGAAAGGAGGAGGGUUAGCCUGAAGAAAUUAGCAGCCAAGCAAACACGCCCAGUCCAACCUGUUGCCCCCCGACCAGAGUCACUCUCAUCUCCAGCUCACAGAGAUCAUGAUAACAGCUUUACCAGUGAGGGCUCUCUGGACAGAAGAGUGUCCUGUAAACAAGUAAGCUCUGAUCAGAUUGACAGGAGUAGUCACAGUGCCUCAGUAUCCGAAGAGGAGGAGAACCUGGCUGUACUCCGCAGACAUGUAAUGAAUGAGUUAGUGGAAACAGAGAGAGCAUAUGUGGAAGAGCUUAUGUGUGUUUUACAGGGAUAUGCUGCAGAAAUGGACAACCCCUCCAUGGCUCCUCUCAUCCCAGCAGCCCUGCAGAACAAGAAGGAUGUGUUAUUUGGGAAUAUGCUGGAGAUUUAUAAUUUCCACCAAAGGAUAUUCCUCAAAGAACUGGAGAAUUACACUGACUGUCCUGAGCUUGUUGGCCGCUGCUUUCUGGAUUGGAUGGGGGAGUUGCAGAUUUAUGAGAAAUACUGUCACAACAAGCCUCGCUCUGAGAGCCUUUGGAGGCAGUGCUUGGAUUGUGCCUUCUUCCAGGAGUGCCAGAAGAAACUUGAGCACAAACUGGGGCUGGACUCGUACUUACUGAAACCUGUGCAGAGGAUCACUAAAUAUCAGCUCCUGCUGAAGGAGAUGAUUAAAUACAGCAAAGGCUGUGAGGGGUCAUUGGAGCUGCAGGCAGCUCUUUCCUCCAUACUGGGCAUCCUGAAGGCUGUUAAUGACUCAAUGCACCUCAUCGCCAUCACUGGAUAUGAGGGUAACCUUGGAGACCUUGGUCGCCUGCUUAUGCAGGGCUCGUUCAGUGUAUGGGCGGAGCAUAAGAGAGGUCAUGUGAAGGUGAUGGAGCUUGCAAGGUUUAAGCCCAUGCAGAGACACCUUUUCCUGCAUGAGAAAGCUCUGCUCUUCUGCAAGAGACGAGAAGAGAGUGGGGAGGGAUAUGAGAAAGCCCCUUCCUAUAGCUUCAAACAGGAGCUCAGCAUGAGUGCUAUUGGAAUAACAGAGCAUGCUAAAGGGGACAGCAAGAAGUUUGAGAUCUGUUCCAGUUCAAGGGAUGAGGUAUACACAGUACAGGCCUUGUCUGAGGAUGUUAAGACCAUGUGGGUUACAGAAAUCCGGAAACUUUUAACAGGACAGCUGGAGGCCUGCAAAGAAGCAAGUCAGCCGAAGCCUCCUGAUCAGUUCACCUCAAAUACAAGCUCAACUAACAGACUGGUAAAAAAUGAUAGUAAUCAUAGGAGUGGAGGAGUGGAAAAACAAAAGACUGAGGAAGAAAGAGGCAAAGAUCUUGAGAACAUCCCAGAACCCAGAAUGACAGAAAGAACAAAAGGGUCGUCUUGCUGCUCUGAGACAAAACCAAAACGACAUGAUAUCUGGAGUGACCCCACACCUCUAGGUUGGACUAAAGGAUCUCUCUCCCUGGGUGCCUCUGUGGAGCAUGACGGAUACUUCAGUGCCGAGGAGCAGGUGGCCUCGGACCCCGAGGAGGAGAGAGAAGAGAAGCUGUGUGAAGAUGAACCACAGUCUGUGAGGAUAGUAGAGGAUAUCCAGUGUUCUGAAGAGACUGACAAUUCUGAGAAAUGAGAGUUGAAUGUUUGUAAGGGGGGCUAUAUGCAAUCAAUGUACAGCAUAUACAGUGGCCCCAAAAGGUAUUUAGACACACUUAAUCCACAGACAAAAAUGUAUGAAUGUCAUUGCAUUAGAUAAAAAAUGUUCACAAGUGGCAUUUGUUUUGAAUAAAGAUAGCACAAGCACAUUUUCUUGCAAUUUUCACAAAAAUAAGUUUAAGAGACUUUAAAUUAUAAAACAAUACUGUUCAUAAUUAACACAAAAAGUAUUUUGACACUUUCUGGUAGUCAAACGUUAGUGGAACAUGCACAUUUGAUGUGGUGUGGAACGCUCCUGGGCAGUUAUUUUCUAUGGAUACAAGCGGCAUAAAAAUACAGCUCCUAUCUACUUUAAUGAGGAAAGACCGAAAUCUCCAAAAAGGUUGGUCAAGAUUACAAUCAAUAAACAUAUUUCAAAUAAGCAGUAAAAUCUGACAAAAAUGGAAUCAUACAUUGUGCUUCUUUACGUCUUGCUAAUGCACAUGUGCAUUCUGGAAUUGACUGACAGGUAAUAUUUGUAUCUAAAAGUGACUGGCUCUUUUACCUGUAAGGCUGGACUUUUUUUGACAUCCACCAUAAUGGGUGUUUCAAUUUCUCAAUUUCUCAAUUUCAGUUUUAGAAGAAUAUCUCAGCUCUGUAGGUCCAUACAAUGCAAGUGAAUGGUGACCAGAACUUUGAAGCUUCAAAAAGCAAAUAAAAUCAGCAUAAAAGUAAUCCAUACUACUCCACUGUUUAAAUUCAUGUCUUCAGAAGCGAUAUGAUAAGUGAUGGUGAGAAAUAGAUCAAUAUUUAAAUAUUUUGUUUUACCAUAAAUCCCCACUUUCACUUUUACUUCCACAUUCUUCUUUUGUUUUUGGCGAUUCGCAUUCUCCGUCAAUAUCGCUAUUGGGCAGAGAGUAGAAUUUAUAGUAAAAAAGGACUUAAAUAUUUAUCUGUUUCUCACCCACACCUAUCAUAUUGCUUCUGAAGACAUGGAUUUAACCACUGGAGUCAUAUCUUCAAAGUUCUGGCCACCAUUCACUUGCAUUGUAUGGACCUACAGAGCUGAGAUAUUCUUCUAAAAAUCUUCUUUUGUGUUUAGCAGAAGAAAGAAAGUCGUACAUAUGGGAUGGCAUGAGGGUGAGUAAAUGAUGAGAGAAUUUUCAUUUUUGGGUGAACUGUCCAUGCCAGCGCUUUACUCACUGUCUCAUAAUAAGCUGUGAUACAUGUUUCAUAUCCCUAACACUUAUAACACAUUAGUAAUAUUUGCCACAGUGAUGGUGUCCAUACUGGGAUAUGGCAUGUCUGUUGUCAAGUCCUGUGAUAAUGUUUGUGAAUGCAAGUAAACAGUUGUUAUAUCAGUGUGCACAAUGCAGGAAACUUGGAUCUACAUGUUAUUCAAGCAUAUUGCAUAUGCAGAUGUUGUUUGUCAAAGUGACUGUGAUCACCCUGUAUGUACCGAUGGAUUUUAUUUUAUAUGUGCAUAUAAAAAAUAAAACCUUGGUUGACUAAU